AUUUAGACCAAAUUUGGUUCCUCGGCCUUCUCCACACAGUGGGACUGUGUCAAUGUGUUUAUCUUUCCCGACGGCGGCAGGAAAUUUGUGGCGGAGCCUUCAAAUUUAUCGACGGAGUCAUUGGCACUCUGAAUGGCAAAAAAAGCGACACCUGCUACGACUACGUAUUCUCCGUCUCCUACUACCCACAAAACCAGGCCACCCAUCUUCAGAAGCGACGACGUCGAUUGGGUUCGCCCAGAUGGCCGAGGCUUCCACCAGUGCCGUCCUGCUUAUGCAGUUUUCAGGACUGGUGCUGUAAAUGCUGCUUCAGGUUCAGCUUAUGCAGAGUUUGGUAAUACCAAGGUCAUUGUUUCUGUUUUUGGCCCUAGAGAAAGUAAGAAAGCAAUGAUGUACAGUGAUAUUGACCGGCUGAAUUGUAGUGUCAGUUAUUCAACAUUUUCGACUCCAGUUCGGGGACAGGGAUCAGAAAACAAGGAGUUCUCUUCGAUGCUACAUAAAGCUUUGGAAGGGGCAAUAAUACUGGAGAUGUUCCCCAAGACAACUGUUGAUGUAUUUGCCUUGGUGUUGGAAUCUGGAGGCAUUGACCUUCCUGUUGUAAUAUCAUGUGCUAGUCUUGCUCUUGCUGAUGCAGGGAUUAUGCUUUAUGAUCUUGUUGCCUCAGUUUCUGUGAGCUGCUUUGGGAAGAAUCUUCUUAUUGAUCCUAUGUUGGAGGAGGAAAACUACGAAGAUGGAAGUUUGAUGAUAACUUGUAUGCCAUCUCGUUGCGAACUCACUCAGCUCACUAUCACAGGCGAGUGGUCAACUGCUAAAAUUAAUGAGGGUAUGCAACUUUGCGUUGAUGCGUUAUGUAAGCUUGUGAAGAUCAUGCGGUCAUGUUUGAAGGAAUCUGCCACCAUUUCAGAGGAAUAAAAGUAGCCAUUUUUUCUUUCAAGGAAAAGAACAAAAAAGAACACAAAAGAAUUGGAAUGGUGGAAGAAGCGAAGUUGACUUGAAGCUAUUUUUGCAUUUAUUAUAAUGUUGGCGAGUCAACUCAGAGCCUCCGCCUACCUCUUUCUGGUCUUCCUGGUCUUUGGUCUGUGGUCUUCGCAAACAAGCAGCUCUGCGCUUCUGCCACCCCCAUCAAAGGCAAUUUUCAUUAUAUACAUGUAUGUGUAUUCUUUUUUUAAUAGUUAGUUGGAUGGGAAGUGUAUUCUAAGUAUUGAAUCAUGUUUAUUUUGUGAGUAGGAAACAUGAAUGAUGAUGGGUACCUAA